AUGACGGACUUCACGCGCGACAACCCGGGCCUGGGCAAGGCGCUGGUCUACACGCUCGAGUCCGUGGACCGCACGGACCACCCGGCCGGCGCCGGGCCCGGCGGGCCCGGCAAGCCCUGCACGGCCUUUCUCAAGUGCGGCGAGUCGCGGCGCCAGUGCAAGUUCGCCGACGUCGUCAAGGAGGGCUCGCCCUUCGUCAUGUACGCGACGGAGAAGGACAAGCUCGUCUUCCUCGAGUUCGACGACAAGCCCGCGCUCUGGCGCGAGCCGUUCCUCGACCGGGGAGCGCGGAAGCUCGUGAAGGAGGGCAGCCGCGUCGCCGUCUGCUCCUUCGAGACGGCCAAGGCCUGGAUCGAGGAGCACAACAAGUACGACGUCCUCCUCGAGGGCCGCGUCUGCUUCGUCUUCAACUGCGGCCGCUGCGGGUCGACGCUGCUGCACAAGGCGCUCGAGGCGCUCGACGUCCAGAGCUCGUCCGAGCCCCACUGGUGCGACCAGAUCGGCGCCCGCGCGCCGUCGACGCCGCGCGACGACACGUGGCAGGCUAUCGUGUUGUUCCACCUGUCGCCGAACCCGGACGCGAAGCGGUUCUCGCUCAACCCGAAGAACAUCAACGGCGGCGCCUUCCUCGCGGACAUCGUCGCCGUCGACUUCCCCAAGAGCACGAUGUGCUUCAUGUACCGGUCCGCGGAGAAGGUCAUGGACUCGUUCGGCCGCCUGCUCUGCGCCGGCGACGACGCCGCGACCGUCGAGGCCGAGCGGGCGGACUGGCGGUCGACGCCGGCGCUCAUGCGCGUCGCGACGCUGCCCAUGCUGCCGCUCUACGCGACGGCGGUCGAGGACGCCGCGACGGCCGGCUCGCUGCCCUUCGGCGAGGCGAGCCGCGCCAAGGUCGCCAUGGAGUUCUGCAAGUGGUUCGACGCCGUCGUCUCCUGGCUCACCCUCGUCCAGCGGCGCCACGACGAGCAGCUCGACGACCCCGUCACGCGCGCCGUCGCGAUCCGCUACGACGACUUCGUCGCAAAGGAGUCGCGCGAGGACGUGCUCGUCGCGGCGCUGAGGCACCUCGGCGGCUUCUUCGAGACCGACGGCGACGUCGCCAAGGCCGUCGCCGUCUUCGACGUCGACUCCCAGGCGGGCUCCGCGAUGACGCGACAUUCCGCGGCGCCGUUCCUCACGGACGCGGACCGGACGCUCGCGCGCCGCUGCGUCGCCGACGCGGCCAAGGUCCUCAAGCUCCCGCUCAAGGCCCUCGACGGCGGCGCGAACCUGCUCCUCCCCAACUCCCUCGGCGCCACGGACUGCCCGACCUACAAGACCGUCGAGCCCACGGCGUUCCAGAAGUUCCAGAAGAAGGUCGGGGCCUUCGAGGAGAACAACUGCGCCCAGUCCUAG